GGCGAAGAAGGCGGGCUUGGCAGAUCCUGUUCCAAACUUAUGGGAGUCCUUCUAGGCUCCAUUGGACGUAGCAUGGUCCCAGCUUGACGGUCACGGUCGCUUAAUUUCUCUUUACGCGAGACGGCGGCACCACGUCCAACGCCUUCUAACUUCAACUGUCUCCUUCAACUUCCAUCUAAUCCUCUGCGCAAAGCCGACGACUGUUUCCUGAAGCGCCAGGCAAUUCAUCCUUGACUUAGUGUCUUUGCGAUUCUGGGGUCCAACCCGCUAGCCUGCAACAUCGGACAACAUGGAGGCUGCCACAGUCAUAGAUUUGGCUGCGGCGUGCGCGGAACUGGUCGGCUCUACGGGAGCGUCGGCAAUCACCAUCAACCGACUUGUACGCACAUACCCGGAUGCACCCUCGGAGUUGAAACAAUUACAAGCCCAUUUAGCAUCAGGCAGAUCCACGCUAGAUCGCCUUCUUUCACUGCUGGAUCGCGACACUCCUGUCUUCCAACAUCAGGCUGAUAUUGAAGCUCUGGGUGCUUUCUUCAGUUCGAUUUCAGUCGUCGUUAGGGACAUCCAAGAGCACGUGUCUAGCUUCGACGGCCAGUCUGGAGCAUGGGAUGGCGUGCAACAUAUAUGGAUGCAGCAAGAGAUAGCCGAGACAGGAGGUCGGCUGGGCAAGCAGGUGGACGCCUUGGAGGUUUAUCUGAGGGCUGCAAAGCACCAGACGGCGACGCAAGAGCCAGCGCAGAUCACUCGCGAGGAUGACAGGGCCUGUCUUGAGGUUGCCCGGCAUGUUGCCUCAACUGCCGCGAACACGCCAGCGACCUCGGCCACCGGCGCAGACACUCCAGAAACUACGCCCCCGCCCCAGAUGGUUCCAAGCCUGCAAAGUGGCCCCCCGACCGACUCAUCCCAUCCAUCAGUCGCCUUGAGCAACUCGGUAAGCCGCCUCAACAUUGCGCAGUUCAUAGACAAGUCUAAGCGACAGUCCAUGUUCGGCAUACCUUCGGCACGGAAAGUCAAAUCCUUGAUGCUGCUACAGAAGUCAAUAUCGCCAAUCCAAACACAUGAUCUGGCUAUCCAAGGUGACGAAGUGUGCCCCGCCGAGUUCAAAACUCGAGUGACAGGGUACACCACUGGCAUUACCCCCAGCUGGGAACUCAUUAGUGUCCCGUACAAAAAGAAAACCAAGCAGGUUUACCGCAACCGCUUCACGAGGAGCCCCGCAGAUGACGUGGCACCCUCGAAGCUGCAGUCUCACUUCAAGGUCGAGGACAAGCAUGUUUUUGAGGCCAUCAUCCACAAGCAGGUCGAGAAGGUGCACCAAGUCAUGGACCACAGGUGGAGCAACAACCCCGUAGUGGAGAGACAUGAUCGCUCCACCGCACUGCAUGUCGCUGCCUCGCUCGGGCUGUACAGCAUUGUGCAGAUCAUCGUUUCCUUGGGCGCCAAUCCGAAUUGCGAGGACCGCUUCGGUGCGACGCCCCUCCAUUACGCUGCUGACCUUGGCUGCGCAAGUUGCGUUCAUAUCCUGGUUUCGGCCGGUGCCAAAGUCAACAAGUCGAACUUGAAGGCCAAGAUCAAGACACCGCUCUGGUAUGCCGCCGACAGGGGCAACCCCGAGGCCGUCGAUGCCUUGCUGAAUCUUGGCGCACACAUUUACACCCAAGCCCCAAACCCUUGCGACACAAUACUCUACGCCGCCGCUAAGAGCGGCAGUGUUAAGACGUGCCAGGCCAUUCUGGACGCGGGCGCCAACCCUAACGAGAGUUUCGACCUCCUUUCGGUUGCGGCCACAACGUCGAAAGACGUACUGAACUGUCUCCGCAAUGCAGGUGCGGAUAUUGACGCCUGCGACAACGAGCAGCGUACACUGCUGCAUAAGUACUCGCUUUUGGGUGAUGUAUCCAUGGUGGAGUUCCUCCUGUCAUUAGGCGGGAACCCCAGCCCCAGCGACGAGUCCGGCAACACCCCUCUCCACCUCGCCCUGCACAAGGGUGGUUUCGCCCAAUCAAUCACCAUCGCCACAUUCCUCGUCGAUAGGAGAGCCAAUCUAAAUGUGCGGAACAAGCUCGGUCAGACGCCGCUGCACUUGGCGGCGCUAUGGGGCAGGUUUGACAUUGCGAACCUUCUGUGUCAGGCCUGGGCCAACAUGGACAUCCCCGAUGGCAACGGGGUCAGCCCGUUCGCCGAGACGCAGAAGUCAGACUACAAGACACGGCCCGUGACGAACAGCUUGAUGGAUUAUAAUAAGCUGGCGGAAAUAAUGCGGAUUUGGCAUGAGACGCCGCCCGAGACGAGGAGGGCCAAGGCGGAUGCUAUACGGCCCAGUGCGAGCGAGUUGGCCGGUGGAGAGGUUCUGGCGAAUGUACCUGCCGCCGAGCUGGGGCCUCCGAAUCUGGGGAAGGGGUUGGCGGUGGCGGCGCGGGAGUUGGACUCGGUGGCGAGGCUAUCCGCUAUUUAUGAGAUGCCUACGUGAUAGGCUGUAGACACUUGAUAAGUAUUGUCUCGACGCUGGGCUAAAAUCUGGGCGUUUAUGGUAGAUUGGCUGAUUCCGUGAGCUAAAGGGGGCACACUUACCCCUAGGCCAUUUUAUAUCUUCUUAUCUGUACAAUAUCCUUCAUGUAUAUUAUUUUAAUUCCAUCUAGCGUUGGCGAUUUGAACUUAUUAUAUUUCUGUC